AAAUCUGAAAAUAUUUGUAAGUAUACUUGCGAUAAACGAAAGAAAGAGGAGAGUUUACGAGAUUCCAGAGAAACAAAAAAGUUGAACGUGGUAAUAUCAUAGUGAAUCAACAAGCUAAUCAACGGCCACAAAGAGACUUUGGAGAAAAACAGAACCAAGUUCGAGACCAACUCAAUCAGCUUUUUCCUACAAUCUUCAUGAAACCUAUUUCUCAAUUUUUAUUUCUCUGUUUUCCUCCAUAGUUUUCUUCAAAGCCUAAUUAUUCUUCUCUCUCCGGAAUAUAGAGAGAACCCUGUUUGUUUCUCAGGAAAAAAAAGAAGGGAAAAAACCAAGUUUUUAUCCCCUUUUUUGUCUUCGAAACUAUGGCUACGCAAAAACCCCAAAGAACCCCAGAAGAAAUAGAAGAUAUAAUCCUAAGGAAGAUCUUCCUUGUAACCCUUAAAGAGAACCCAUCAUCUUCUUCUUCUGAUUCAAGGGUUGUUUACCUAGAGAUGACCGCAGCUGAGAUCUUAAGUGAAGGCAAAAGUCUUUUACUUUCACGUGAUCUAAUGGAAAGGGUUUUAAUUGAUCGUCUGUCUGGUGAAUUCCCUAAUUCAGAACCCCCUUUUAAUUAUCUCAUUGGUUGUUACAAGCGAGCUCAUGAAGAAAUCAAGAAGAUUUCCAACAUGAAAGACAAGACGCUGCGUUCUGAGAUGGAAUCUGCUGCUAAACAGGCUAAGAAGUUGGCUGUUUCAUAUGCUAGGAUUCAUCUGGGAAAUCCUGAUUUGUUUUCUAAUGGGAAUUUAAAAGAUAGUAACCCCAAAGCCGGUUCUUCUUUGUCUUCCAGUUCCCCUUUGCUUCCCUUAGUUUUUGCUGAAGUUUCAAGUGGACUAAUGCUUGAUGGGUUUGGAGGGAAUGAUUUAGGAAGUGGGGUGGAUUGUCCACCUGGGUUUUUGGACGACUUCUUUAAGGAUUCAGAUUUUGAUACUUUGGAUCCUAUCUUAAAAGGUUUGUAUGAGGAUUUAAGAGGGAGUGUUUUGAAAGUUUCAGCUUUGGGAAAUUUUCAGCAACCUUUGAGGGCUUUGUUGUAUUUGGUUAAGUUCCCUGUUGGUGCUAAGAGCUUGGUUAAUCAUCCAUGGUGGAUUCCUAAAGGAGUUUACUUGAAUGGACGUGUCAUCGAAAUGACUAGCAUUUUGGGCCCCUUUUUCCAUGUUAGUGCUCUGCCUGAUCAUACCAUUUUCAAGAGCCAGCCUGAUGUUGGCCAGCAGUGCUUCUCAGAUGCAUCAACUAGACGAGCAGCUGAUUUGUUAUCUUCAUUCACCACAAUAAAGACUCUCAUGAAUACUUUAUAUGAUGGUCUGGCUGAAGUUCUUCUUUGUCUCCUUAGAAACUUCGAGACUCGUGACAGUGUUCUCGAGUAUCUUGCAGAAGUCAUCAAUAAAAAUGCAUCAAGGGCCCAUAUACAGGUGGAUCCUAUAUCUUGUGCAAGUUCCGGCAUGUUUGUCAAUCUCAGUGCUGUUAUGCUCCAACGUUCAGAGCCAUUUUUGGAUACAAAUUUAACAAAAAGAGAUAAAAUCGAUCCAACCUAUGUCUUCUACUGUAACCGUUUGGAUUUGAGGGGGUUAACUGCUCUGCACGCAACAUCAGAAGAAGUGGCUGAAUGGAUCGAUAAGGAUAAUCCUGUGAAAACUGAUGGGAGUGGACUAAAUAAUGAUGGUGAAAAUAGUUUGAGGCAAUUGCAAGUAGCAUCUAGUUCCGGAAGUACCCCAAAUGUGAAGCCAACCCGAAGUAGUAGUGGAAAAGCUAAUUAUCAUUUCAUUUGUGAAUGCUUCUUUAUGACUGCUAGGGUACUCAACUUGGGCCUCCUAAAGGCAUUUUCGGACUUUAAGCAUCUAGUCCAGGACAUUUCAAGAAGUGAAGACACACUUGCCACCUUAAAAGCUAUGCAAGGACAGGCACCUUCUCCACAACUGGAGCUUGAUAUAUCGAGGCUUGAGAAGGAAAUUGAAUUGUAUUCACAGGAAAAAUUCUGUUACGAGGCUCAAAUUUUGAGGGAUGGGGCACUUAUUCGACAAGCACUUUCGUUCUAUCGACUAAUGGUGGUUUGGUUAGUUGACUUGGUUGGUGGAUUUAAAAUGCCUCUGCCACCUACAUGUCCGAUGGAAUUUGCUUCAAUGCCAGAGCACUUUGUGGAAGAUGCUAUGGAACUAUUAAUAUUUGCUUCUCGGAUUCCGAAAGCUCUUGAUGGAGUUGUACUUGAUGAUUUUAUGAAUUUUAUUAUUAUGUUUAUGGCAAGUCCACAAUUUAUCAAGAACCCCUAUCUCAGAGCAAAAAUGGUUGAAGUUUUGAACUGUUGGAUGCCGCGUAGAAGUGGUUCAUCUGCGACAUCGACACUAUUUGAAGGGCAUCAAUUGUCUUUGGAAUAUCUCGUGCGGAAUCUUUUGAAGCUAUAUGUUGACAUUGAAUUCACUGGUUCUCACACACAGUUCUAUGAUAAGUUCAACAUCCGCCAUAAUAUUGCUGAACUUCUUGAAUAUCUUUGGCAAGUUCCUAGUCACCGUAAUGCUUGGAAACAGAUUGCGAAGGAAGAAGAAAAGGGUGUUUAUCUGAAUUUCUUGAAUUUCCUUAUUAACGAUAGCAUCUACCUCCUCGAUGAAAGUCUUAACAAAAUUCUUGAACUCAAAGAGCUUGAGGCUGAGAUGUCAAAUACUGCAGAAUGGGAACGCAGGCCUGCUCAGGAGAGGCAAGAGAGAACUCGACUGUUCCACUCCCAGGAGAAUAUUAUACGGAUUGACAUGAAGUUGGCAAAUGAGGAUGUUAGUAUGCUGGCUUUUACAUCUGAGCAGAUUACAGCUCCUUUUCUACUCCCUGAGAUGGUUGAGAGAGUGGCGAAUAUGUUAAAUUACUUUUUAUUGCAAUUAGUUGGCCCUCAAAGAAAGUCGCUCACUCUGAAAGAGCCCGAAAAGUAUGAAUUUCGCCCGAAAGAGUUGCUCAAGCAGAUUGUCCGCAUAUACGUUCAUCUGGCAAGGGGUGAUGCCAAAAACAUCUUUCCAUCUGCCAUCUCCAGUGAUGGUCGAUCCUAUAAUGAACAGUUGUUUAGUGCUGCAGCUGAUGUUCUUCGAAGAAUUGGUGAGGAUGGGAGGGUAAUACAAGAUUUUAUUGAGCUUGGUGCAAAGGCCAAGGCUGCGGCUUCAGAGGCCAUGGACACUGAAGCUGCCCUUGGAGAUAUUCCUGAUGAAUUCCUUGAUCCAAUUCAAUAUACAUUGAUGAAGGAUCCGGUGAUCUUACCAUCUUCAAGAAUCACAAUAGACAGGCCUGUUAUCCAAAGACAUCUUCUAAGUGAUAGUACUGAUCCAUUCAACCGAUCUCAUCUUACCUCGGAGAUGUUGAUUCCGAACACCGAACUGAAGGCAAGAAUUGAAGAGUUUAUUAGGUCCCAGGAGCUGAAGAAGCAUGAAGGCUUGAACAUGCAAAGCUCUAAAGGAACAAUACAACCAACAAGUGGAGAAAUGUUAAUUGAUUAGGGUGAAUUAGGGGUUCAUAGGUUUUCUCAAAAUGGUGUAUUUAUUUCAUAUGUCAAAACUAUAUGUUAUUUCGACCUUUUUUUCUUCUUUUAAUUUCUCUUGUCCGACGUGCAUUUGAAACA